GCAGGCAUGCGCACUGCGCGGAUGCCAUAUUGGAAUGAGUCUGCCGCGGGUGCGGGCGGAGGGACGGGUCGGCUCCGCGCAGCGGAAAAUAGAUAACUAAAUAAAAAAACCCUUAAACUUAUUCAGUUUGUACCCUAGGAACUCUGCUGCAGAAUGAAUUAGGAAAGGAAGGACUCUUUCUCUGAACCAUGGACACAAGAGCAUCUUUCAUCACUACCGUGCAAGAGAGCCAGCAUCUAUCCCCAGAGAAGGGGCAGGGCCUGGCCAAUGGCGAUGGGGAGCAGUUUGAUUCAGAUGAGGGCUCCAGCAUUGAGGAUGCAGACUUCAACUGGGACGAAUACCUGGAGGAAACAGGAGCCAGUGCUGCUCCCCACACCUCCUUCAAACACGUUGAAAUCAGCCUCCAAAGCAGUUUUCAGCCAGGGAUGAAACUGGAAGUAGCCAACAAGAGUAACCCUGACACAUACUGGGUGGCUACAAUCAUCACAACCUGCGGACAGCUCUUACUGCUUCGUUACUGUGGCUAUGGGGAUGACCGGAGGGCAGAUUUUUGGUGUGAUGUAAUGACAGCAGACCUCCAUCCUGUUGGCUGGUGUACACAGAACAACAAGGUCCUGAUGCCUCCAGAUGCAAUCAAAGAGAAAUAUGUGGACUGGACAGAGUUUCUUAUCCAUGAUUUGACUGGCGCCCGGACUGCACCUGCAAAUUUACUGGAAGGCCCUCUGCGAGGAAAAAACCCUGUAGACCUCAUUACAGUUGAUUCCUUAAUAGAGCUGCAGGAUUCCCAGAAUCCCUUUCAGUACUGGAUAGUUAGUGUGGUUGAAAAUGUUGGAGGAAGAUUACGCCUUCGCUAUGUGGGAUUGGAGGAGACUGAAUCCUAUGACCAGUGGUUGUUUUACUUGGAUUGCAGACUUCGACCAGUCGGUUGGUGUCAAGAGAAUAAAUACAGAAUGGACCCACCUGCAGAUAUCUAUUCUCUGAAGACGAUAUCUGAGUGGAAAUGCGCCCUGGAAAAAUCCCUUAAUGAUGCAGCAAAUUUUCCUCUUCCAAUGGAAGUGUUCAAGGACCAUGCUGAUUUGAGAAACCACUUUUUCACUGUGGGGAUGAAGCUGGAGGCGGUGAAUAUGAGGGAGCCGUUUCAUAUCUGUCCUGCAUCAGUGACUAAGGUUUUUAACAAUCAUUAUUUGCAAGUGACCAUUGAUGACUUGAGACCUGAACCCAGCAAAAUCUCAAUGCUUUGCCAUGCGGAUUCCUUAGGGAUCUUGCCAAUACAGUGGUGCCUUAAAAAUGGAGUCAGUCUCACACCACCCAAGGGUUACUCUGGCCAGGACUUUGACUGGGCAGAUUACCAGAAGCAGUGUGGAGCGGAGGCAGCACCUCACCUGUGCUUUAGAAAUACAUCCUUCAGUCGUGGUUUUACAAAGAACAUGAAACUGGAGGCAGUGAACCCUAGGAACCCUGCAGAGAUAUGUGUUGCUUCUAUCACCUCAGUCAAAGGACGGUUAAUGUGGCUUCACCUCGAAGGUUUACAGAUGCCCUCUCCGGAGUACAUAGUUGAUGUGGAGUCUAUGGACAUUUUCCCAGUUGGUUGGUGUGAAGCGAAUGCUUAUAACCUUACUCCACCACACAAAGCUGUUUUACGAAGGAAGAGAAGAAUUGCUGUUGUGCAACCAGAAAAGAAGUUACCAUCCUCAGUGCCUGUUGAGAAAAUACCUCAUGACCUCUGCCCAGUUCCUCAGCCAGACACAACAGGCACCAUCAAUGGGAGAUACUGCUGCCCCCAGCUCUACAUCAACCACCGCUGCUUCUCAGGUCCAUAUUUAAACAAAGGCAGAAUAGCAGAGCUACCUCAGUCUGUUGGGCCUGGCAAGUGUGUGCUGGUUCUUAAAGAGGUUCUGAGCAUGGUGAUCAAUGCAGCUUACAAGCCAGGGAGUGUUUUACGAGAACUGCAGCUAGUGGAAGAUCCUCAGUGGAAUUUCCAAGAAGAAACGCUCAAAGCAAAGUACAGAGGGAAGACAUACAGGGCGACUGUUAAGAUUGUGCGAACGUCGGAUCAGGUAGCAGAUUUCUGCAGAAGAGUCUGUGCGAAGUUGGAGUGCUGUCCCAAUUUGUUCAGUCCUGUGCUGGUGGCAGAAGUCUGCCCAGAGAACUGCUCCAUUCAUACUAAAACCAAGUACACUUAUUAUUAUGGAAAGAGGAAAAAAAUCAUUAAGCCACCAAUUGGGGAAAAUAACAACAUGAAAAGCGGACAUGUCAAGCCAGCCAGACGCAGAAAAAGGCGGAAAUCCAUCUUUGUGCAGAAGAAAAGAAGGUCGUCAGCUGUUGAUUUGAAUGCUGCAGGCUCCGCAGAGGAAAGUGAAGAAGACGAGCCAGAUGCAGUUGAGGAUGAGACGGGAAGUGAGGAGACGAGCUCAGAACUUCGUGAUGAUCAGACAGAUACCUCCUCUGCUGAGGUUCCCUCUGCUAGACCCCGAAGAGCAGUUACCCUACGCAGCAGCACUGAGUCGGACAGACCUCCUCCUAUGGAGAGGGCCCGGCGGAGCCGUCGGCCACAACCCAUCUCCUGCAGUGAGGUGGAGAAGUCACCACAAGUCAAGGAUGAAGUUAAGCACGAAGAAGAAGAGAAGCUCAUCCUGGACAGUAAUCCAUUGGAGUGGACUGUGACUGAUGUUGUGAGGUUUAUUAAACUGACUGACUGUGCACCCCUUGCCAAAAUAUUUCAGGAGCAGGACAUUGAUGGCCAAGCCCUUCUGUUACUGACACUGCCCACGGUGCAAGAAUGCAUGGAGCUGAAGCUCGGUCCAGCCAUCAAACUGUGCCAUCAGAUUGAGCGAGUAAAAGUUGCGUUCUAUGCACAAUAUGCCAACUGACUGCACUUCUCUGUUUCUUUCUGUUUACCUUCUUGUUCCCUCUAUUUUUAACAUUGCAACUUGUUCGAGUUUUUUUCUCUCCCUCUUUUUCUUUUGCAAAAAAAAAAAAAAAAAAUCAUGGAAUUGGAAGCACUGGGAAUUAAUCUGAAGGGGGAAAAAUAACAGGACAGAAAACCUAGCAACAAAUUGAACUAACUGUUCAGCAGUUGUAAAGCACAGUGAACGAUUGCUGGUAUCUCUCCUCAUGAGCCUCGCCAACAUGUUUUGCUGCAGUGCAAGGCCAGCAUGGAUCAGAUGGAUUGUUGUCCUUUAAAGCAAAGCUACCUAUGGCAGACAUGUUUCCACCGUGAACAGUUGGACAUUUGCAGUAAUGAUUAUUUGUCUUCAUCAAUUUCUGGACAUGAACAGUCCUUUUAGCCAACUCUGACACACUUCUUUCAUAUUGAAAUGGAAGUGAGAAUUUGUACCGUUACUUGGGCUUUACUGCAAGUUUGAUCUUAGUGAUCUUUGGGCUUUUUUUCACCUCCUCUCCAGUCCUACAGAAGGAAGAAGUGUUAUACCAGUCAUAUGCUAUCUGUUGUUACUGAGUGAGUUAUAAAGCAGGACUCAACCCUCCAUCUCCUGAAUGGUAUCACACAAAGCUGCAGUGAAUUGACAGGGCUGCACCAAGACCUUAAGCAUAGUAAUGCUUUCUGAGCCAUGGUGGAUGUGUACAGUGAGCUGAAUGUUUCACUGAUGGGAUCUGUGCAGUACUGCAUCCAUGUGAAGGACCAUACGCGAAAUCCUCCAAAGUCAAGCCCAUCCAGUUAUAUUCAGGUUACCAAACAUAGGCAGGACUUUGCAACCCAAGACUGUUCAGCACACACUGGUUUAACUUGCACCUUCAUCAGUCUGGUUACUGGGUGGGAAUAAAAAUCAUCAAUGUUUUCAGGCUGCAUUCACCAUGGUGCUUUAGUCCAACUGACUCGUCCAACCCAGUGCAUCUUCUGUCACCAAUCUAUAUAAAGCCCCCACGUUGUCCUGGCAGCCUGACCAGUGAAACUGGGGGCUUGCUUCGUGCCAAGUAGGGUGAGCAUCAGAGGGAGUGAAGAAGUGAGACAGACAUCCUGGAUUUGCCUCAAUUGUGCAUAUAGGAUGAGUAUUUCCCAUUUACUUUACAGGGAUACGUGGCCCUGUGAGUGCCACAUGUUGACUUCAACAGUGGCUUGUGUCAUCACAUUGCUGUAAAUUCUCCUGAAAGCAAGAACCAAAUUGGUUCUGCAGACCAAGUCUGAAUUUUGCUCUGAAUUAAGGUGCAGGUGAAUGAUUCCCUCAAAAAGUGAAUGAGAUUGUUUGUGCUGCAGCUCCUGAGACUUAAAAUUUUCUUAUUUUGAAGAUCUUGCUCAAGUUUUAAUCAAAUGAAGGUAACACGUAAUCAUCGCUGUGCCAAAAUGUUUCCUUUUGUUUCUAAGAAAUGUAGGAAUAGGGUUCCUCAUAAACUUGGCUUCAGACUGGAUUUUCUUCUCAUAGGAGUAGUGAACUCUGCCCAUGCAGCUAGUUUGAUGGCUACUUUGGAUUCCCCUAAAAGCAUCGUGCUACUUUUUAUCUCUGAAGACAAAAGGAUUCUGCCCAGCAAGAAGAGAGUAGAAUCAUAGGAUUAUUAAGGUUGGAAAAGAUCUCCAAGGUCAUCUAAUCCGACCAUCCAGCUACCACCAAUAUUGCCCACUAAACUACAUCCCUAAGUACUGCAUCUAUACAUUUCUUAAACACCUGCAAGGAUGGUGACUCCAACACCUGCCUGGACAACCUGUCCCAGAGCCCAACCAGUCAUUUGAAGAAAUGAAGAAGUGUUUUUUAGAAGCUCAGUACCGUCAAGGUAUUUCAAAUGAUUUUUGUUUUUCUGGUACACAGUGUCUGGGGGAAUAAUGCAGCUCAUGCUGUUCCUCCUAUUUCAGAAUUCAAGUGCCAAAAGGAAAGAACGUGCUGCAGCCAAACACCAUUAAAACCAGCUUUAUUACUUGUGGGUAAUUAUAGUCUCAAGGGCUCCAUUUUGGUGCUAGAAUAUGCCAUGGUGUAUUUUCCAUUGCUUGGAAUUAUGAAGCUGAUUCCUCUCUUCAGGAAAUACUUUCUGUAAUCAAAAACAUCUUAAACAUUAGGGUUGUGUGGUUGUUUGUUUUUUUUUUCUUUAAUUCAGAUAUACUCAAUAAUUGAAUUCCCCACCCCUCGGUCAUGUGAGUUUCUAAGAACUUUUGUACAGUAUAUUUGUAUAUUUAAAAACUCUUUACAGAUUUCAGUGCAUGCCUGUUUUUUUUCUUGGUAAUAUUUUGUCAUAUCAGCUGACCUAUGACUAAGGGAAUCUGUUACUCAGGAUUUGAUCCAGAAAUGACUGAAGUUAGUGGAAGUGUCCUCACACGUGUGGGCUUUGGGACAGGGUCUUCAUCAAAUUAUUUCACUUAGAAGUCAAAAAGCAUGCAGUUAAUUAAUAGAAAAUUUAAAAUACAUCCUCCUCCAGCAGACAGAUAUCCUGCUGAAAUCUGCCUGGCUUAAUGAGAAGAGGACUCCUGUCCUUCGGUACUCAUGAACUCCAAAAGAAAGGAGCAGAAGCGUUUAAUGUUCUCCUUUAUUACUUGGUACGAUACUCCAGCAACAAGUGCAAAUGAUCUUAAUGUCUGCGUUUACAAUAUGAGCCAGUCGUCAAAGAAUGAGAGUUUUACAGCCCAGUAGUCCUUUAAAUGUCAUCCGCCCUGGAGGAGAAGAAUGAUUUUACAAUGAUUUGGUGCCAUGCACUGGAAUUCUCUUGCAGAAGACAGAUGAACUGCAUAAAAACAUAUUGGUUCAUCGUUUUAAGUACACACGCCCUUUUAAUUGCUUUAGUCUUUCAUAGGGAAAAGGUUUUCAUGUUGUUGGUUUAAAACUCCUGCUUCUGUAAUGGCUCAUGGCACAGCAUACUAGCAGAAUAUACAUUGUGAAGGGACAUGUUUCCAGCUAUGCUGUUGCAUGGCCAUGUUGCCCAUGUAAGCUAGAGCAGCAAGACAGUUGCAUCCUACCCACAGAUAUUCCUGACCUUGGUAUUUACCCAAGGUAGAUAUAGAAGUGGGCAGGGAGGGUUUUCAGUGAACGAGAGAGGGCUCUGGAUUUGAAGGUCUUGUCAUGUGAAGGGAGAGCCGCUGUGGUCUAUCAGCAUAAAUUCCUCAAGACAUUUCUGUCUUGCUCAUAGUAAAUAAAGAUGCUCUGAGCCCUUGCAGGGGCCAAGUGAGAGGGAGGAAAGAAGCAGGCAGUAUAUUCACAGCUAGAAAGCUGGAGGUUUUCUUUCUUAUUUUGCUGAUGGAGAUGUGGAGAUUUGGCCCUGAUGGGUGGGUAGGAAAGUAGGGAAGAUCAGUCUUUCUUCCUUGUACUCAGCUCCUGUAUAUCUCCUAGUUUCUGGAAGCAACUUUCAGACUUCCAAGGGAAAUGUCAUGGACCGAAGCUUGAGCUCUGUCCCAUAGGAAUAGGUGAUACUGCCUUAAGCUCAGGUUGUGGAUCUACAAAAUGCUGUUGUGAGUUAUGAUGUGAAAAGACAAAAAUCAGCAUUUGCAAGUCACCAAUCUGCUUGUUGCGGCUCUAGUCUCACUGAAGUUUAUGACCAUUAAAUCUGCUUAUAAAUGUAUACAGGGAUAUAACGUACAGGCAGGCAUUCACUGUGAUAUGGUCCAAAAGUGGUGAAAGAUCUCAACUGUGGGUUUUGAAAGGAGUUGGGUCUUCCCUUCUUCCAGGGUGAGGCAAGGCAAACACUCAGGCCCACCUGACACUUAUGGAACAGCAGAAAAGAGCUCAGUAACCAGCAGUUGUGGUCCAUUCGUAGUGAUGCACAUUGGAAAGCUUUGAACUGUUUUGCAUUCCACUUUGUAUGGAAGAUUUGAUUCAAACGGUGUAUAUAUAAUCCCUUUGGUGUGUUACAAAUAUACACGUGUGUUUAUAUAUAUGUAUAUAUAUGUGUGCGUGUGUAUAUAUGUAUGUGUAUAUAUAUACAUAUAAACCAAUCAAUGCUGGUGUUUUUACUUUUUAAAGUUCAUGGGGCAAAGGGCAUGUUGUUAGUUUGCUGUAAGAUUCUAUUCUGUAUAUAUGUUUUCAUGUAAAUAAGUGAAAAUCUAUAUUCAGAGUUAUAUUUUAAUUUUUAUUCAAAAUGAAAUAAAUCCCCUUUUUACUUGAGCAAUUGUAAGCUACGUUGUUAAUAAAGUAACAAUAAAUCACA